AUGCACCAGAUGAAGACUCCAGAUCGGGAUAACUCGGAUCCCACUUACACUGCACAGAAACAUCAUGCCGCCACGCAUACUAUCAUCUUGGAUUCUCCUAGCCCGACAAACCAGAUAGCUCGGCUGAGUCACGAACAUGAGAAUGACGAUAUGACAGCUCCACACAUUGAUCAGGAUGAUUGGAGCCUAGAGAACCUACCGGAUAUCUUGUAUAUUCUGAAACCCGAGCAUGGAAAAUCCAGACACGUUGUUCGUACUGCCGCACACAAGGUCUUCGGGAAGCACGUCAAUGCUUUUUCAGUCCUCCCGGACCAGAUAUCCUCCAAAGUUGAAGGGUGGAGACUUGAAGCCUGGAUGCGUCUCGAUCGUCGGAUAACUGGGCAAGACAUUAUCGACCGGGUAAACCCCAGGUACAGGUCUAGAUUAACAUCAGUUGACAUUGAACUUCGUCGGAAGGCUUUCCGAGAGAAAUUUCACGUCGCAUGCUGGGGAGCUCAAAAGACCAUUAAUAAUAUAUCUCGCCUGGCUAUAUCAAUUGGAAUAGAUCCGGCGUCGAACACUACGAGAGGCUUAACGCCGGGUCUAAUCGACCCCUCUAAAGGCGAAGCUGGUGGGCGAAUUCCACUGCCCCCAAGAGCAGCCUACGAUGAUAUCUCCGGUUCUGUUUCCCACCAAAGUUAUUCAGAUAGUGAGAGGUCUCGCCUGAUUAAGCAGAGCUCCCACCAUGGCCAGACUCCAAAGGUAAUACUCGAUAAGUCCCACCGAACUCACCAGGCCAAAUCAGCGGAAAUCCUCUACCAUUUGCACAGGGACACAAAGCACUUGCAAAGAAAAGCUGUUCCAAAUAGCGAUUGCUUCAGCAUUACGAAUUCUCGUCUUAAAAGGCAAAGUUUCCAUGAUGUUGCGAGUACGGACUAUAAUGCCACUCACAAGAGAAGAGACAGAAUAUCCAUUCAGCAGAACCUCUCUGAUUUCAACUCCUAUCCCACUACUCUACGUGAAUUGGCUUCUCACAGAGGGCCUCCCGCUCGAACCUUUCCCACAGAGGCUGAUGCUACCGAAAGGACAAUGAGUCUGGAUGAAUACCUACACGGAAGUCGGCUUACUUUCUGGGAUUAUCUGGAUCUUCGUUGUGAGAACAGUCUGGGAGAUAUCAAAUGGUGGUCGCUAAAGUCCGAGCGUUGA